CCUCGCAAUCUAGCCAUGGCGAAGCCUCGUAAGCCGAAGAACGACGACUCGAAGCCCGACAAUACGGGAGCUGUAGUGCGUCAUCAAAAGCUUUGCCUCUCAAUCGACAUAGAAAAACGUCAAAUCUACGGUUACACAGAAUUGGAAAUUACCGUACCGGAUAUAGGUAUUUUCGGGCUAUUCGCGGAGAAUUUAGGGAUUGAGAAUGUGUUUGUGGACGGAGAGCCGACGGAGUUCGAGUACUAUCCACGUCAGCAAAAUGGGAUGGUGGAGUGUAGUGCGAGGAGAUGGAGUUGGGUUACUGACACUGGCUCAGCUGCCGAUGCUGCUUGUUCUGCUUAUGUUUCCGCUCUUCAGCGAGAGUUUAUUCCCAAUUUGCUUAUUAAUUGUUGUAAAGCUUCUUUUAGGGUUUCUAAUGACCCGCAACUACAAAAUAAGCAUGACGAUCAGUUGAAUUUGGAUAAUGGUGAUAAUGGCGAUAUUGGCGGCGAUGAUACUAGUAAUAAGCAGAAUGUCAAAUUGAUUCGCAUCAACUAUUGGGUCGAGAAAGCAGAGACAGGAAUCCAUUUCAGUGAUAAUUUGCUUCAUACUGACAACCAGAUAAGACGUGCGAGGUGCUGGUUCCCUUGUAUUGAUGAAGGUUCUCAGCGUUGCUGCUUUGAUCUGGAGUUUACCGUUCCCCAUCACCUUGUUGCAGUCAGUUCUGGGAACUUACUCUACCAGGUUUUGGGCGAGAAUGAUCCUCCUCAAAGAACAUUUGUCUACAAAUUAGAUGUUCCUGUAACCGCUCAAUGUAUAUCAUUAGUGGUUGCACCAUUUGAAAUCCUUCCUGAUCCCCAUGUUGGUUUCAUAUCGCAUAUGUGCUUGCCUGCUAAUCUUCCAAAGCUUCGGAAUACCAUGGAGUUUUUCCAUAAUGCAUUCAACCAUUAUGAAGGAUAUCUUGAUGCAAAAUUUCCAUUCGGAUCAUACACGCAAAUUUUCCUAGCUCCUGAGGUGGCUGUAUCCUCAUCAAGUUUAGGAGCCUCCCUUAGCAUCUUCAGUGCACACGUAUUAUAUGAUGAGAGGGUUAUCGAUCAGGUCAUAGACACAAGCAUUAAAUUAGCCUUUGCACUUGCAAAACAGUGGUUUGGUGUUUAUGUAGUCCCUGAGGAACCCAAUGAUGAAUGGCUGUUGGAUGGUCUUGCUGGUUUUCUCACAGAUUUGUUUGUCAAGAAAUUUUUAGGAAAUAAUGAAGCUCGCUAUAGGAGAUACAAGGCUAAUUGCUCUGUUUGCAAAGCAGAUGAAAGUGGCGCAACGACUUUAAGCUCCUCUACUUCAUGUAAGGAUUUGUAUGGAACUCAUUGCAUUGGCAUAUAUGGGAAAAUACGAUCCUGGAAGUCUGUGGCAAUCCUGCAAAUGUUGGAAAAGCAGAUGGGGCCAGAAUCCUUUCGCAAAAUUUUACAGAAAGUUGUCUUGCGUGCUAGGGAUACUCUCCCUGUGAGAUCUCUUAGUACAAAGGAGUUUAGGCAUUUUGCUACUAAAAUUGGAAAUCUUGAGCGCCCAUUUUUGAAGGAAUUUUUUCCUAGGUGGGUUGGUGCAUGCGGGUGUCCACUGUUGAGGAUGGGGUUCUCAUAUAAUAAAAGGAAAAAUAUAGUUGAAUUGGCUGUGCUGAGAGAGUGCACAGCUAUUCCUGAUGGGAGUACAUCAACUCUGAACCCUGAUUCCGAUAAUCGAGAUGGUGAUAUUGGUUGGCCAGGGAUGAUGAGUAUCAGAGUUUAUGAACUUGAUGGUAUGUAUGACCAUCCAGUUCUUCCUUUGUCUGGAGAAAUGUGGCAGCUUCUGGAAAUACAAUGCCAUUCAAAACUAGCUGCUAGACGCUUCCAAAAGCCUAAGAAGGGUACAAAACCUGAUGGCUCUGAUGAGAAUGGUGAUAUUGUGGCUGCUGCAGAUAUGCGCUCUAGUUUGGAAUCCCCCUUGUUAUGGAUUAGAGCAGACCCAGAAAUGGAGUACCUUGCUGCAAUUCAAUUUAAUCAACCCAUACAGAUGUGGAUCAAUCAGUUGGAGAAGGAUGGGGAUGUUGUUGCUCAGGCACAAGCAAUUGCAGCAUUAGAAGCUUUACCGCAACUUUCAUUUUCUGUUGUCAAUUCUCUCAAUAAUUUCCUUGGCGACUCUAAGGCCUUCUGGAGAGUUCGAAUUGAGGCAGCAUUUGCAUUGGCUAAUACAGCAUCUGAGGAAAGUGAUUGGUCUGGUUUACUUCAUUUGGUGAAGUUUUACAAAAGUCGAAGAUUUGAUGCAACAAUUGGACUUCCAAAGCCAAACGAUUUUCAUGAUUUUCCAGAGUACUUUGUUCUUGAGGCAAUCCCUCAAGCUGUGGCGAUGGUUAGAUCUGCAGAUAAGAAAAGCCCUAGGGAAGCUAUUGAGUUCGUUUUACAACUUCUGAAGUAUAAUGAUAAUACCGGAAAUCCUUAUUCUGAUGUAUUCUGGCUUUCUGCAUUGGUCCAGUCUGUGGGUCAACUUGAAUUCGGGCAGCAGAAUGUGACCUUGUUAUCAUCUAUUCUCAAGCGCAUUGAUCGUCUUUUGCAAUUUGAUAGGCUGAUGCCAAGCUAUAAUGGUAUCUUGACAAUAAGCUGCAUUCGUACAUUAGUACAAAUUGCGUUUAAGCUUUAUGGAUCUAUUCAUCUUGAACAUGUUGUUGAACUUAUUAAACCCUUCCAAGAUCCUAAGACAAUAUGGCAAAUUCGAAUUGAAGCAAGCAAGGCACUCCUUAACUUGGAAUUCCACGGCAGAGGCAUUGAUGCGGCAUUGUCAUUGUUUAUAAGAUAUUUGAAGGAAGAACCAACGUUAAGAGGGCAGGCGAAACUUGCUGCUCAUGCUAUGCGGUUAUGUCAAACACGAGAUGGAUCUGAUCCUGAGUAUGACAUCAAGAGUACAACACUUGUUGAUUUGCUUAAUUUGCUUGACGGUCAUUUUGCUUACAACAAUAUAUAUCUGCGGCACUACUUGUUCUGCAUCUUACAUAUCCUAGCAGGAAGGUUGCCAACACUUUAUGGAGUUCCCAGAGAUAAAAUGUUACGCCUGGCUGAUGCGGAAACAUUCGGUGAAGGAAAGAACAUAUUUGCAGCACUUGUUCCACUGACAAAGGUUUUGGAGCCUCCUGCAGACAAUAUAAAAUUAGACAAUGCUGCCAUUCAAGAGGCUCCCAUGACAGCAGAGACAGUUUUCGGUAAUCAUAUUCAGAAGAUGGAUUUGGACUGCAUAGAUGACGGCAAAGAACUGAAUACAAUCUCAAACCAUCAUGAGCAGACAACAAAUUCAAACAAUCAUGAGCUGAAGACAUCCUCGACCAAUCAUGAGCAGAAGACAGUCUCGACUAAUCAUGAGCAAAAGACGAUCUCAAGUGAUCAGAGGACAAUUUCAAAUGAUCACGAGCAAAAGACAGUCUCAAAGGAUCGGAGGACAAUUUCAAAUGAUCAUGAGCAAAAGACAGUCUCAAAUGAUCAGAAGACGAUUUCAAUUGAUCAUAAGCAGAAGAACAUCUUGGACAAUCAUGAGCAGAAGGUGGAUUCAAGCAUUCAGUCCAUGCAAGAACCUUUUAAGGAACUGGAUACCAUCUCUAUCAGUCAUGAACAUAAGAUGCCAGUAGUUAAGAUUAAAGUUAAAAGAUCUGCUGCUUCCAGUAGAGCAGAAGAGGCUGAUUAUCUAACUGUUGAGAGAUCUCGAGGUGGGCAUAAUGAAACUGAUCGUAAACCUAGCAGCUCCGUUUCUGUUGAUGCACCACAAAGGAAUUCCACUGAAGCUGUGAGUGCGAGCAAUCAAAAUGUUGAGGAAGUCAACUCAAUCAUUGACCGUGGCUCAAGGAUGACUGCUAGCAUUGGGAGUGCAAAAUUUGGAAGCAACGGUGACAAUUUUGGGAAGGAACUUCAGUGCACUGCAGAUUCAAGCAAGGUUUUAGUGAACCCUCAGCCUGAAGAUCCGUCAUCUCCUGGUCUCAUGCAGGAUAACAAUGUUGAUGCUGGUGCACAAAAGUACGCUAGUCUACAGACCCUCUCAAUUGGGAGAUUUGAUCUUGAUGGUGGUUCUUCAGGUGCGGUGGUGCCACCUUUUCGAGCAAAAGAAAAGAAGAAAAAAGAUAAGGAAAAGAAACGGAAACGAGAAGAGCAUAAAGGGCACAAGGAUGAUCCUGAAUACCUGGAACGUAAACGGUUGAAGAAAGAGAAAAAACGGAAGGAAAAAGAAAUGUCAAAGUUGCUUAGUGAUGAGGCCAAGGCAGGUUCAGUAGACUUGCUCGUCAAGAAACCUGAACCUGUCAUUAAUGUGUUGUCUGUGCAUUCAAAACCAAGUGAAUCCGGUGGUUCCAAAAUUGUGGCCACAAAUUUUGAGACGAAGCCUGAGCCGUCAGAAGGUAACUCGGCACCUAGAUUUCGAAUUAAAAUCAAGAGUCGGACACUGACAAAAUCAUAGUGUAAGAAUUGACAUUUUCAAUAUAGAAGCUGAUGGGAUAAGUUCCCUUCAAAAUUUUGGCAUGUACAUUUCCAGAAUUUGUAUGAAUCAGCAGCACUUUAGGGAAAAUAUGUAAUUGCUUGAGUUGAAAGAAACUGGUCCCACUGCUCAA